AUGACACCCCCCCCACAGCCAAUCCAAAUCGAAGAUUGCAUCAAUGAACUGGCCGCGCUGAAAAGACGCAACCAAGAGCUCGAGACAAGACUCGGACUUGAGAAAAAGAAUGGCGCACCGAACGUAGUGCGCCAACCAGGUCGAACCCUGCGCUCAUCGGCAUGGUUUGACUGUCGCAGCAACCCAGGCAUGACAGCAGUUUACAUGGAGCGGUAUUUCAACUUCGGUAUCACCCAAGAGGAGCUGAUGUCGGGAAAGCCCAUGAUCGGAAUUGCACAAACGGGAUCUGACAUCGCGCCUUGUAAUCGCCACCACAUUGAGCUGUCAAAGCGCGUGCGAGAGGGAAUUCGGACUGCUGGUGGUAUCGCCUUCGAGUUUCCGACUCACCCGAUCCAAGAGACAUCAAGACGUCCUACUGCCACGCUUGAUCGCAAUCUUGCCUAUCUGAGUAUGGUUGAGGUCUUGACUAGCUACUUCCUUGACGGCGUUGUUCUUUUGACGGGAUGUGACAAGACGACCCCCGCCUGUUUAAUGGCCGCUGCUACUGUGAACAUCCCGGCCAUCUGCAUGAACGUGGGCCCUAUGCUCAAUGGCUACGACAAAUCCACCUUGGUCGGCUCUGGAGCCGUUCUAUGGAAGGGAAGAGAGAUGUACGCAGCAGGUGAUAUCAAUGAGAAUGAAUUCAUGGAUUAUAUUUCUCGAAGCACACCUUCAGUCGGCCACUGCAAUACAAUGGGGACAGCCUCCACUAUGAAUGCCUUAGCGGAAGCACUCGGCAUGGCCCUUCCUGGAUCUGCUGCUAUCCCUGCCGCUUAUCGUCACAGGGCCCAAUGUGCCUAUGAAACUGGCAAACAAAUCGUCGAAAUGGUUGAAGCCGAUCGCAAACCCAGUGAUAUCUUGACUAGAGAAGCCUUUGAGAACGCAAUUGUUGCAAAUGCUGCGAUUGGUGGAAGUACGAAUGCACCCAUUCAUUUGAGUGCUAUCGCUCAACAUGCAGGCAUUGAGCUAUCGAUGGAUGAUUGGGAUACUAUCGGCUCAAAGAUACCCCUCCUUCUAAAUAUGCAGCCGUCAGGGGAGUACCUAGGAGAAGAAUACUUCCGUGCUGGUGGCCUUCCUGCCAUUAUGGCGGAACUCCUUGAUCAAGGAAAAUUGCACUUGGAUGUUUUAACUGCCAACGGAAAGACGAUGGGUGAAAAUGUUCGCGGAAAGCAUUCAUGGGAUCGCCGUAUUAUUCGCCCCUAUGAUGAUCCAUUGAUGAAAGAUGCCGGAUUCAUCAACCUCAAGGGUACAUUGUUUGACUCUGCUAUCAUGAAAACAUGCGUCAUUUCACCAGCUUUCAGAAAGCGAUACCUGUCGAAUCCAGAUGACCCCGAGGCAUUUGAGGGACCCGUGGUGGUAUUUGAUGGACCAGAAGACUACGAGGAGCGACUCGAGAAGCUGCCCGAGAUUACAGACCAGACUAUCCUCGUCAUGCGCGGUGUUGGGCCGUUAGGAUAUCCCGGCGCGGCGGAAGUCGUCAACAUGCACCCCCCGAGCAAGCUGAUCAAGCAAGGCCUGGACGGUCUGUUCUGUAUCGGCGAUGGAAGGCAAUCAGGAACAUCGGCCUCUCCAUCCAUCCUGAAUGCCAGCCCCGAAGCAGCUGCCGGAGGAAAUUUGGCGCUGCUGAAGAAUGGCGACAGACUUCGCAUUGAUCUGCCUAAGCGACGAGUUGACAUUCUUAUCACCGACGAUGAACUGAAAGAGCGUCGACAAAAGCUUUCCGAUGGGUACCCCAUGGUUCCCACUGGUACCCCUUGGCAAGAUAUCUUCCGUCGUGAGACGGAGCAAUUGUCAAACGGCAUGGUGCUAAAAAAUGCGGUACAGUUCCAGCGUCUGGCGCAAAAGGAACUGGCGCCGAGACAUAAUCACUGA